UGGUAGCAGUCGGUGUGUGUCUUGUGUGUGUUGGCAGCGUGGGGGGAAGGGAAGGGAAGCGCUUAUAAAUACGGUUCAGAUCUGGGAGGGGUUUCCUCGUCGUCUGCCCGGUCUAAUCCGAUUCAAACGCAUCGCUUCCUCGUGUCCAAACUAAGCCCGAAUCCUCCCAGCGGCCAGCGCCACCGCCGCCCCCUGGUGUUGGACGCGAUGGCGCAGAAGGAGGCCAAUGGCAACGGCGCCACCACACGCCCGCCGCCGACGCCCUCACCGCUCCGCUUCUCCAAGUUCUUCCAGGCCAACAUGCGGAUCCUGGUCACCGGCGGAGCUGGGUUCAUCGGCUCGCACCUCGUCGACAAGCUCAUGGAGAACGAGAAGAACGAGGUCAUUGUUGCUGAUAACUUCUUCACUGGUUCAAAAGACAACCUGAAGAAGUGGAUCGGUCACCCAAGAUUUGAGCUCAUCCGUCAUGAUGUCACGGAACCACUGCUGUUGGAGGUUGAUCAGAUCUAUCACCUUGCUUGCCCGGCUUCACCAAUCUUCUACAAGCACAACCCUGUGAAGACUAUCAAGACAAAUGUUAUUGGAACCUUGAACAUGCUUGGACUUGCAAAGAGAGUUGGUGCUAGAAUUUUGUUGACUUCGACCUCUGAAGUUUAUGGUGAUCCUCUGGAGCACCCUCAGACCGAGGCCUACUGGGGCAAUGUUAACCCAAUUGGAGUUAGGAGCUGCUACGAUGAGGGUAAGCGGGUAGCCGAGACACUGAUGUUUGACUACCACAGGCAGCAUGGCAUUGAGAUCCGUAUUGCCAGGAUUUUCAACACCUAUGGACCUAGGAUGAACAUUGAUGAUGGGCGUGUUGUUAGUAACUUCAUUGCUCAGGCCAUACGUGGUGAAGCCCUGACUGUCCAGAAGCCAGGAACACAGACUAGGAGCUUCUGCUAUGUUGCUGAUAUGGUUAAUGGUCUUAUGAAGUUGAUGAAUGGAGACAACACUGGACCGAUUAACAUUGGAAACCCUGGUGAAUUUACCAUGUUGGAACUUGCCGAGAAUGUGAAGGAGUUGAUCAACCCAGAAGUAACAGUAACUAUGACUGAGAACACUCCUGAUGACCCUCGCCAGAGGAAGCCAGACAUCACAAAGGCCAAGGAGGUUCUUGACUGGGAGCCCAAGGUCGUCCUGCGUGACGGCUUGGUGCUCAUGGAAGAUGAUUUCCGGGAGCGCCUGGCAGUGCCCAAGAAGAGCAAGGCCUAAGUUUCGCCCCUUGGUAUUUGGCGAACAAUAUCACCAGGAGCAUACUCAUACAUGGGUGGGUUCACCAUGAUUCGUUGUUGCCGUGUUACGGAAUUUGAGUUCCAAUAAACCAAUUACACCUUCUUCGAUCACUUGAAAGAUUGUAUUAUUAGAAACUUUAUUCAUACGGGGCUGGCUGUUUGUAUUACUGCCGCUUUUGCGGAACCUGUGUUCCUUAUGUUUGUAGCCUAUGCACUUCCCUAAAUUGAUUAUAGCAAUGUUAAUGCCAUUUUGAGCUUGUUAUUAAAAUUCUUUUGCUGCUGA